AUGUUAUUUUCCCGAACCUCCAAAACCAACUGAAGAAGACGAAGACAGACGCUCUGAACCGCUUUUCAAAACAAAAUAUUUGCAGGCUUUAUGAAUAAUUACGGACAAAAUUUACAAGUGAAGACAUGCAUUCAGUCUAUCAGGAGGAACAGAAAUCUGUAAAAAUUGAGUUUAUUGAAGAUUACUGUGAGAACAGGAGUGAUCCAGGACCCAAAGUGAAGCAUGAAGAAGAUGCUUGUGAACAGGGAGACCUGAUGGAAGAAAAUGAGGAGAGAGAAGAACUGAAUCAAGUGGAGGAGAAAUGUGUCAAAACUGAAGAAACAUCUUUGAGUUGCGGUAAAUGUGUACGGAGAAAAGCCAUCAAAAAUGUCACUUUCCCUCAGUGUGGAAAAAGAUUUUCAUACAAACAAAGUCUGAAACGUCACACGAGAAUUAAUGGUGGAGAGAAGCCGCACACAUGUGAUCAGUGUGGGAGAACUUUUGCCACAGCUACCGCAUUGAAACGACACCAGAUCAUUCACACUGGAGAAAAACCUUACAAGUGUUCACACUGUGACAAGAGAUUCAGCCAGUCAGGACAUAGGAAAAGACAUGAGAUGAACCAUGCUGGAAAGAAGCCGCACACAUGUGAUCAGUGCGGGAAGAACUUCACACAAGCAAAUCUGAGCUCUCACUCUGGAGAAAGAACAUUUAACUGUGAUCAAUGUGGUAGAAAAUGUAUUCGGGCAGAACAGCUGAAGAGCCACCCAAACAUUCAUUCAAAGGAGAAGCCUCACGUGUGUUCUUUGUGUGGAAAGAGCUUUUCACAACUGGGUUAUUUCAAAAUACACCAGGAAAUACACAGCGGUGUGAAGAAUCACAUGUGCUUUGACUGUGGAAAGACUUUUAUUACACCUGCUGAACUGAAACUGCACCAAAGAAGUCACACUGGAGAAAAACCUUACAAGUGUUCACACUGCGACAAGAGAUUCAGUCAGUCAUCAGCAUUGAAACAACAUGAGCGGAUCCACACUGGAGAGAAACCUUACAAGUGUUCACACUGCGACAAGAGAUUCUCUUGGUCAGGAAAUCUGAAAAAACACGAGAGGGUCCACACUGAAGAUAAACCACAUGAAUGUGAUCAGUGUGGGAAGAGUUAUAAAGAAAAAAGGACCCUGAAGUAUCACAUGAGAAUCCACACCGGAGAGAAGCCGUACACAUGUGAUCAGUGCGGGAAGAGUUUCACACAAAAAUCAAGUCUUACAUUUCACAUGAGAAUCCACACCGGAGAGAAGCCGCACACAUGCGAUCAGUGCGGGAAGAGUUUCAAACACGCAUUCACACUUAAAUUACAUCUGCGUUCUCACUCUGGAGAAAAAACAUUUAACUGCGAUCAAUGCGGAAAAUCAUGUUUUUCAUCAUCAUCCCUGAAGAGCCACUUGAAAGUCCACACGAAGGAGAAACCUUACGUGUGUUCCUUGUGUGGAAAGAGUUUUAGUCAGAUGGGUACUUUAAAAGUACACCAGAAAAAUCACAGCGGCGUGAAGAAUUACAUGUGCUUCGAUUGUGGGAAGACUUUUGUUACGGAUGCCAUAUUGAAACAACACCAGAGAACUCACACUGGAGAAAAACCUUACAAGUGUUCACACUGCGACAAGACAUUCAGCCAGUCAGGAAAUCUGAAAAGACAUGAGAUGAUCCACACUGGAGAGAAGCCGUGCACAUGUGAUAAGUGCGGGAAGAGUUUUGGUAAUUCACGUUCUCUAGUGCGUCAUACUAAAAACAAAUGUUGUAUACUGUUGGUGAACAUUGAGACACUACCUACGCUGCAGUGAGCGACGAGUUUAGAUGAGAAUGAAAAUGUGAUGCUAACUGCUUAAAUCAGGGUUCCCCAAACUCGGUCCUGGAAGUGCCACUGUCGCUCCAACACCAAGAAUGAGAACUAAGAUAUCUAUAUUUGCUUCCACGCCAUGAAUCUAAGUUGCGUUCUGUGAUUUCAAAGUGUGCACAACAGUGUUUCUGAUAUUUAACUCAUGGUUCCAUUUCAAAGAGAUAGUUCAUUCAAAAAUAAAAAUUCCUUUUUUUUUUUUA